AGUCUCGGAGACGAGGAAGAGAGCGAGGAAAGCAACACGGUCGGUCGUGUCUCAUCCGAGAGGAGAUCGUUUUCGUCAAGAGAGAGCAGCGGAACGUCCGUCAUCGCGGACGACAGUGCCGCUAGGUAGCUAUCAGGCGACGAUGCAGAAGUUGCGCUCGACCUUCAAAAGGUCGCGCACUCCCACGGGGGCGGAAAUGAAGUCCCAGUCUAGUCUCGAGGUGCCCAAGCAAAUCAGGUCAGCCUCCUUCGACGAGAUACAGUUGCAGACGAAGCGGCAGGAUGACCGUGCGACCUCCUCGUCGUCCUCCACGUGUUCCCCGGCGAGAUCGCAGGACUCGGUGCGCGGUAGGAGGGGCUCGGCGACCCUGAAGGUGCCGCAGCAUCUGACCGGCCAGCGUUCCAAGAGCUUCGACGCCUAUUCCGCGAGUUCCGCCUCGUUUCCGAGCCAGCAGCUCCCAGCAGGCGGGAUCGAACGACCGGAGACACCGACCAUCCAGGUUUCCGGAUGCUACCACUGUGCUUGCGUCGAGGAAUAUCGGAACCUCUGGCUCACCGAGGACGUCUCCAGGGACGAGGCCGACGUCGGCGAGGCUGAGAGCACAGACUCCGAGAACGAGUCGGAUCACGAAGAUGAGGCCAAGAGGGAGGGCAGCCCGGAGAUCCGGGUUACCCUGUCGUCCGACAGUGACACGUACGAGACCCAAACGUGCGUCCCGCCCGAGGUGACCGAGGAAGCGCCCGCCGAUCCGGAUUCCGAGGCCAGACCAGAGUUCCCGGAGCGGCAGCGCAGGCUGUCCAGGCAGGAGGCCCUGACCACCUUCCCCCUGGAGCACCUGCCCGCUCUCAUGUCAGCCGCAACUGCGUCGGAGGCGGACGACGACGACGACGACGAGGAGAACGAGACCGUCGAGUCGUGCAGGUCCAAGUUCGUCGUGCGUGACAUUUUCCUGACCGUGCCGGAGCUGAAGCGGGACCGCGCCGCUUCCGUGGACUCGUGUUUCAAUAACAAUAAGAACGGCAGUUGCGCAGCCGACGCUGACUCGCUGGCGGUGCCGCAGCAGAGCAUCAGGUCGAAGAGCGUCGACAUCGUGCUGCCGACGGACGCGAGGACGAGGUACACGGCGCUGUUACCUGGGAAAGAGCCGCGACCUUCGAUAGGAGGGAGAGAGGAUAGUGGAGAAGAUAGCAGAGACGGGGGUAGCUCGAGUGGUCAUCGUGAACCUCGGUCAACUCCAGAUUGGGGUCCAAAUGCAUUUAAUGGGGAACAUCUUUGGGUAUCAACCGCUACAUCCGGUGAUUUCUGUUACGUCAAUGACUGUUCCAAACACGGACCCCGGUUGAAAUGUCCGGCUUGUCGCGUAGUGGCUCACGCGCUCUGCGUCGCAAGUUUAGAGUUCGCCUGCAAGCCGAGUUUUCGCGAUGUAGGUGUGCGUCAGUAUCGCGAGCAAACGACAACCCAUCAUCACUGGGUCCAUCGACGAUCGCAGAAGGGCAAGUGCGCCAACUGCGGCAAGUCCUUUCAAUCGAAGCUCAGCUUCAGCUCCAGGGAGAUCGUGGCGGUGAGCUGUAGCUGGUGCAAAGCCGCUUACCACAAUAAGGAGUCGUGCUUCAAUGUACAAAAAAUAGGCGAAAACUGUGAAUUAGGCACGCACGCGUCGAUCGUGGUGCCGCCAUCGUGGAUCGUAAAACUUCCUCGUAAGGGUAGCUUCAGGAGUAGUUUGAGAAGAUCACCCAGAAGAAAGAAAAGCGAUGGCUCGUCCUACCGUCGGAAAAAUAAAGAAAAAGAAAAGGAGGAAAAGGAAAAGGAGAAGGAAAAAGAAAAGAGCCAGGGAGAAUUAUGGGUCGUCAAGCCGAUACCCACAACUACGAUAAAACCGGUGUUGGUUUUCAUAAAUCCGAAAUCUGGCGGUAAUCAGGGAGCGAAAUUGCUGCAGAAGUUCCAGUGGCUACUCAAUCCGAGGCAGGUUUUCGAUCUGACGCAAGGUGGUCCAAAAAUGGGAUUAGAGCUCUUCAAGAAGGUCCCAAAUUUGCGUGUGCUGGCAUGUGGCGGUGACGGUACGGUCGGUUGGGUUCUGUCGAUCCUGGAUCAAAUUGGCACUUAUCCAGCGCCAGCGGUUGGAGUACUUCCUUUGGGUACCGGAAACGAUCUAGCGAGAGCACUGGGCUGGGGAGGUGGUUACAAGGACGAGCCAAUCGGCAAGAUCUUGACGAGCAUAGGUGACAGCGAGACCACCCUGUUGGACAGAUGGCAACUGAAGGUCGAGAGGAAUCCUGACGCCAACGACGACGAUGGUGGCAAGGGCAAGGAAAAUCUGCCGCUCAACGUCGUUAACAAUUACUUUUCCCUCGGUGUGGACGCUCACAUCGCCCUCGAGUUUCACGAAGCACGAGAGGCUCAUCCGGAGAAGUUCAAUUCUAGAAUGAGAAACAAAUUGUUUUACGGCCAAAUGGGCUGCAAGGACUUGCUGCUCACAAAGUGGAAGGAUCUCUCGGAUUUCGUAACAUUAGAAUGCGACGGACAAGACAUGACGCCAAAAUUGAGAGAACAUCGGGUCCAUGCUAUACUAUUCUUGAAUAUUGCCUCUUAUGGUGGCGGGACACAUCCAUGGAGCGCGGGAAGUGGCACUAGAGAACCGGCCAUGGACGACGGUUUGAUUGAAGUAGUCGGACUGACCACCUAUCAGCUACCUCUUUUGCAAGCACGAGGACACGGUACUUGCAUAGUACAAUGCAGCACAGCCAAAUUGGUCACGACGAAGACUAUACCGAUGCAGGUCGACGGUGAGGCUUGUCGUCUGUUACCGUCUAUCAUAACUUUAAGUAUGCUGAACAAGGCUACGAUGUUAGCGAAAAGAAGGAGCACGGGAAAGCCGCAGCAGCACACGGCGAGAUUAGAGAGGCUAAAGCUGCCCGUGAUGAGGAUAAAGAUGUCGGAUUACGAGGCGCACCAUCACAACAAGGAUAAGUUGAAGGAAGUGGCGGAGUCGUGGCUCGCGGAACCGCUCGAUCUCGACGCCACGACCGAUCUGGAGAGCCUGAGGAAGCUCUUGGCGAAAGAUUACAACGUGGACUCGUGCUGUUUCCUUGACUCGUGUACCGCGGAGAGGUUCUUCAGGAUCGAUCGCGGCCAGGAGCAGCUACAUUACGUGACGGACGUUGCCGUGGAGGCCGUGUACAUCCUCGACGAGGACACCGUGCAGCAGCAAUCCGACGGCCAAGCGGGACCGAGCCAGACAAGCGACGAACGUCUAAAGGAGAUGCCAUCAGCCGUGACUGAGAAGGCGAGUCGGUCGAACGAAGACACGCGGGGACAACUAUCCGUCACCGGGAAGAUUAAACUGUCGAGACAGCCGGAGAGCAUUUCUUUCGAUAAGGAUACCGAGGCUCAAAACGGCGUUAGGCCGAAGGAUCUGCGCCGAAAGUCCUUGGACGUGCCGCGGAGCGAGAACAAGAGCAUCGAGUUGAGUUCACGUAUAAGACGCGAAUCCCUGAAGAACUCUCACGUCGCGAUCGCUCGUGCCGAACAGUCGCAGCGCCAAGCCGACCGAUCCCUCGCUUUUAUCAGUCCUCGCGACAGACUCUUCGGCCUGAACUCGGGAGUGCACGGAUUCACUGCCGAGUUGCUCGAGAAGAACUGCGAUGAAAUACUGAGGGCGGCGAAGAUCGGCGAUCUGCCGACCUUGAAGCAGCUCCAUCAGAGGGGCUACUCGCUCAUGUCGAUCGAUGAGACUGGUCAAACGGCGCUGCAUCUGGCGUCGAGGCACGGUCACAAAGAUAUCGUCAGAUAUCUCAUCGCCUGCGCCCCACCGACAAUUUUAAACAUGAUCGAUAACGAUAAAGGGCAAACCGCUUUGCAUAAAGCCGCCCAGAAUAAACGUCGUUCCAUUUGCUGUAUGCUCGUAGCCGGCGGCGCGUCUUUGAUGAUGAAGGAUCGCCACGGCAACACGCCGCAUCAUCUCGCGCUGCUCGCGGAGGAUCACGAUCUAGCGGCGUAUCUGCAGAGUCAAGAACACUUUCAAUUGGCGACGGACGAGAUGGAGAGCGAUCUCUGACCUCCAGCGUUGAUCGCCACGGCCUGAACCGCCCUGAACGAUUGUGACGCAAGGGAACCGCUAUUGCCGGCGCUACUGUUCCCGACGGCGCUUCUUGCGGCAUUUUUUCCGGCAUCGUUUACGUAACGUAAAUCGCCAAUCGUGAUAAUCUGAUAUUCCUCGUCUAUUUCGACGUCGACGAUUACGUGUUUUGCCAAAUGAUGACAUAUUUUUCUUGUCGAUACUUCGAAAUUACUCUCUGAUAUACACAAUUGUCACAUAAUUAUACACACACACACACACACACACACACACACGUACACGGGCAUACCACUUACACGCGCAUACGUAUAUACGUAAUUACGUAGCUGUUUCUGAUCGAUAAUAACUCGUUAUUUUUCUCACACGUAAACUUGCCCGAGACUUGUACCUCUACUUACAUUCGUGUACUCGGCAAGUGGACCACAAUGGGUCAGGGAGCAUCUAAAAUUGCUCCUGAGACGAGCAAAUUUAUUUUUCGUACGACAUUUAACGUCUCUCCAAAGUCCAAAGUGAGACAGUCAGUUUUGUAUAUCUAUAUUAUAACAUAUAUGUAUAAACACCCCCGUUGUGUAUUUACGGAAGAUUUUAACAAUAUUACGAUCUCUAUGUGAAACAAACAGACAAAAUGGGCCGGCCAUUUGCGCGAUUGAAGAUACGGGGAAUUGCUUGGAGAGCUUACAAUUAGCCCGAUGACGAAACGUUAAAUCUGUGCCAACUGACUGAGUCACGAAGAAGGAACAUUAAUGCCAAACGAAGAUUGGCUGUCUCAUGUUGGAGCACGUGCAAAAGUAUAUAUAUAUACGAACGUUCACAAUAGUGUCCACUCAAAAUGGGUGCUACAAGCGAAUCGAUAAUCUGUUAGUUUUAAUCCAAGGAAAAAAAAAA